AAGCAACAAUUCCGUUUCAAAUGCUCCACCACCGUCAAACGAGCUCCACGCCAAUUUUCGUUAAACGCGGACGCAAAUAUUAUUAUACACAAAUCAAGGAAAAUCAAUUCUGGUGCUAAAGUGCGUGCAAUAAAAGUGUCAAAUUAAGAUUGACGAAACCACAAAAAAAAGACAAAAUGGAGCGUAUUUUAAGGGGGAUAAUGCGGUACCGGAAUACCACACGCGAGCAAAUGGUCAAAGAGUUUCAGAAAGUGCGCGAUAAUCCAGAGCCCAAGGCCGUCUUCUUCACCUGCAUGGACAGUAGAAUGAUUCCCACCCGAUACACAGAUACCCACGUGGGCGACAUGUUUGUGGUACGUAAUGCUGGCAACCUGAUACCCCAUGCCCAGCACUUUCAGGAUGAGUACUUCAGCUGCGAACCCGCAGCUCUGGAACUCGGAUGCGUGGUAAAUGAUAUAAGGCACAUAAUUGUAUGCGGACACAGUGACUGCAAGGCCAUGAAUCUGCUGUAUCAAUUAAGGGACCCUGAAUUCGCCUCCAAACUGAAUCGUCGCCUUUCGCCGUUGAGGUCCUGGAUGUGCACGCACGCCAACACCAGUUUGGAAAAGUUUCAGGAGUGGCGUGAUGCAGGCAUGAAGGAUCCCUUACUAUUCUCGUCGGAGACUCCUCUUCGUCGCUUUGUUGCCUACAUCGACGAGGAGCAAAAAUUUGCCGUGGAGGACAAGCUAUCGCAGAUUAACACACUGCAGCAGAUGUCCAAUAUUGCAUCCUAUGGUUUCCUCAAGGCUCGUUUAGAGUCCCACGAUCUUCACAUCCACGCCCUUUGGUUUGAUAUUUACACGGGUGACAUAUACUACUUUAGUCGGGGUGCGAAACGUUUUGUGCCCGUUGAUGAGACUUCCGUGGACAGAUUGUCGGAGGAGGUCAGAAAAUUCUAUUCGUAGGCGCAGCCGGCGGACCAAAUGGAUUAUCUGUGAUAUGUGGGCCUUAUACCGCGUUCGGCAUUUACAAGUAACCAAUCGUUAGGAUUGUUUUGUAUAUUCAUAAGUGUGUAAUUGUUUUUUGUAUAUAAACUUAAAGUCUACGAAGGUUUUUAACUUACAAAUCUACGAAAAAUCAACGAAA